GUUCUUGAAGCCAGAUAUUUGAAAUUUACCAUUGUCAUCUAUCUGAGCAACUAUAACUUGUCUUUGUUGUAUAUACAAUUAUAAAGAUAUUAAUUAUUCUUAAAACAGUUUAAGUGUCAGGUGAUGGAAGAAUAUAAAUGAAUACAUUAAAUUUCCAGAUUCACGGGAUGAAUAAACCUUAGUGGAAAGAGAAGCAUAAACCUAUCUUCUUUCACUAUGGAGGCAGGUUUGGCAGAUGGAGAACCUGACCGAAUUUCGAUCUUGCCAUAUUCAGAAGUUGCUGAAGGUGAAGAGACACUUCUUGGUGAUAGCAAAGAUGUCCUUGGCCCACCAACUGUUAUAGCAAACAGUGAAGAAUCUCAACUUCUGACACCAGGAAAGAUGAGUCAGCGCCAAGGGAAAGAAGCUUAUCCAACUCCAACCAAAGACUUGUGUCAGCCAUCUUUUAGUCCUGCAAGCCUUCAUAGUCAGGGUUUUGAAAGAGGAAGGGAAGACAUUUCUCAGAAUAGAGAUGACUCUUCACUUUCUAUGUCAAAGAGCAAGUCUGAAUCUAAACUUUAUAAUGGCUCGGAGAAGGACAGUACAGCUUCAAGCAAGCUCACAAAAAAAGAAUCUCUCAAGGUGCAAAAGAAAAAUUACCGAGAAGAAAAGAAAAGAGCCACAAAGGAGUUACUCAGUUCAAUCACAGAUCCUUCUGUUAUUGUCAUGGCUGAUUGGUUGAAGAUACGUGGUACUCUGAAGAGCUGGACCAAGUUGUGGUGUGUGUUGAAACCUGGGGUGCUACUGAUCUAUAAAACCCAAAAAAAUGGUCAAUGGGUAGGAACAGUCCUUCUGAAUGCUUGUGAAAUCAUUGAGCGCCCAUCAAAAAAGGAUGGCUUUUGUUUCAAACUUUUUCAUCCUUUGGAGCAAUCUAUUUGGGCAGUGAAGGGUCCAAAAGGUGAAGCAGUUGGAUCCAUAACUCAGCCUUUACCUAGCAGUUACUUGAUCAUCCGAGCUACUUCAGAGUCAGAUGGAAGGUGCUGGAUGGAUGCUUUGGAGUUGGCUUUGAAAUGUUCUAGUCUUCUUAAACGUACAAUGAUCAGGGAAGGGAAGGAACAUGACCUGAGCAUUUCAUCAGAGAGCACACAUGUGACUUUGUAUGGCUUAUUACGUGCUAACAAUCUUCACAGUGGUGACAACUUCCAGUUAAAUGAUAGUGAAAUUGAACGACAGCAUUUUAAGGACCAAGAUAUGUAUUCUGAUAAAUCCGAUAAAGAAAAUGAUCAAGAGCAUGAUGAGUCUGACAAUGAGGUGAUGGGGAAAAGUGAAGACAGUGACACAGAUACAUCAGAGAGGCAAGAUGACUCAUACAUCGAACCUGAGCCUAUCGAGCCUCUAAAGGAGACCACCUACACUGAACAGAGCCAUGAGGAACUCGGAGAGGCAGGUGAGGCUUCACAAACAGAAACUGUGUCUGAAGAAAACAAAAGCCUUAUCUGGACAUUGCUGAAACAAGUCCGUCCUGGUAUGGACCUGUCCAGGGUGGUUCUGCCUACAUUUAUUUUGGAACCUCGUUCUUUCCUGGAUAAACUUUCAGAUUAUUACUAUCAUGCAGAUUUUCUGUCUGAGGCUGCUCUUGAAGAAAAUCCUUAUUUCCGUUUGAAGAAAGUAGUGAAAUGGUAUUUGUCAGGAUUCUAUAAAAAGCCAAAGGGACUGAAGAAACCUUAUAAUCCUAUACUUGGUGAGACUUUUCGUUGUCUGUGGAUUCACCCCAGAACAAACAGCAAAACUUUUUAUAUUGCUGAACAGGUGUCCCAUCACCCACCAAUAUCUGCCUUUUAUGUUAGUAACCGAAAGGACGGAUUUUGCAUUAGUGGUAGUAUCCUGGCUAAGUCGAAGUUCUAUGGAAACUCAUUAUCUGCAAUAUUAGAUGGAGAAGCACGAUUAACUUUUUUGAAUAGAGGUGAAGAUUAUGUAAUGACAAUGCCAUAUGCUCAUUGUAAAGGAAUUCUUUAUGGCACAAUGACACUGGAGCUUGGUGGAACGGUCAAUAUUACAUGUCAGAAAACUGGAUACAGUGCAAUACUUGAUUUUAAACUAAAGCCAUUUCUAGGUAAUAGUGACUGUGUUAACCAAAUAUCAGGGAAACUUAAACUGGGAAAAGAAGUCUUAGCUACUUUGGAAGGCCAUUGGGAUAGUGAAGUUUUUAUUAAUGACAAAAAGACUGAAAAUUCAGAGGUUUUCUGGAAUCCAACACCAGACAUUAAGCAAUGGAGAUUAAUAAGACACACUGUAAAAUUUGAAGAGCAGGGAGACUUUGAAUCAGAGAAACUUUGGCAGCAAGUAACUCGAGCCAUAAAUGCAAAAGACCAAACAGAAGCUACUCAAGAGAAGUAUGUUUUAGAGGAAGCUCAAAGACAAUCUGCCAGAGAUCGGAAAACAAAAAAUGAAGAGUGGACUUGCAAGUUAUUUGAACUUGAGCCACUCACAGGAGAAUGGCAUUACAAGUUUGCAGAUACUCGACCAUGGGACCCACUUAAUGAUAUGAUACAGUUCGAAAAAGAUGGUGUUAUCCAGACCAAAGUGAAACAUCGCACUCCAAUGGUUAGUGUCCCGAAAAUGAAACAUAAGCCAACCAGACAACAGAAGAAAGUGGCAAAAGGCUAUUCAUCUCCAGAACCUGAUAUCCAGGACUCAUCUGGAAGUGAAGCUCAACCAGUAAAACCAAGUACAAGAAGAAAGAAAGGAAUAGACUUGGGAGACAUUCAGAAUUCCAUUGAAUCCAUAAAACAAGCACAGGAAGAAAUUAAAAGAAAUAUUACGGCUCUUCGAAAUCAUUUAGUUUCAAGCGCACCUACCACGGAUUAUUUUUUGCAACAAAAAGACUACUUCAUCAUUUUCCUCCUGAUUUUGCUUCAAGUUGUAAUAAACUUCAUGUUUAAAUAGUUCUUUACAGUAAACUAUUCAAUGAACUGGAAUGAUCAGAUUCGGCCUGGGAUCAAUGUUCAAGUUGGUUCAGUUUUAUUAAAACAUCACUAUAUUUCUGAAACAAAACCUUAGAGAUAAAUGCAGAGGUGUUGAUCUUUCAUACCUUUUAUCUUUAACCUGAAACAAGAGCUAUUCUGUUUGGUUAUUAAAGUGAGCUAUGUGUUACGUGCCAGAACAUUUCUAGUUUUUGUGAGAAUGUGUUUACAUGUGAGUAUAAUAAAUCCACAUGUAUACACAA